GGUGAAUAUGCAUGAGGUAGCAGGCUGGUGUGUGCUCAAACAGCUGCGUGUUUGGGAGAGAGAACACGAACCAGCGAGAGAAAGACACACGGAGAAGGUUAGAGGGAAAGAGAUCGAAACAGCGCCAGUGAGCCAGUGCAGCUGUGUUUGGGUCUGCAGCCAUGACGGGGUUGUGUUUGUGCGACUGGAUAUGAAACAGAACCACCAUGGCCAUGUCUCUGAGCGCAGACGAUGAAGACUACGACUCCGACACAGCCGAACAGCAGCGGCCAGCCAAUCGGCCCAAACCCAAAAUGGCUGCCACAGCAACGGCAUCCAUGGCAACCACAUCGUCCACAGCAACCGCCGUCAAGCUCCCGUCUAACCGGAGUUCUUCGGGGGCGCGGCGCAGGCGGACACGGUGCAGGAAGUGUGAGGCUUGCGUGCGUACAGAGUGUGGAGAGUGUCACUUCUGUAAGGACAUGAAGAAGUUCGGAGGGCCAGGACGCAUGAAACAGUCCUGUAUUAUGAGGCAGUGUAUCGCUCCCGUUCUGCCCCACACAGCGGUGUGUGUGGUGUGUGGUGAGGCUGGUAAAGAGGACACACUCGAUGACGAUGAGGAGAAGUUUAACGCAAUGCUAAUGGAGUGCUCCAUCUGCAAUGAGAUUGUUCACCCAAACUGCCUCAAGGUGAAGGACGCAGCUGGAGUCGUGAACGAUGAACUGCCCAACUGCUGGGAAUGUCCCAAAUGUAACUACGCUGGGAAGACAGGAAAAGCCUGUAAGCAAAAACGUGGUCCAGGGUUUAAAUACGCCUCCAACCUGCCGGGUUCCCUGCUGAGGGAGCAGAGGGGAGGGCGUGAUGGGCGGGAUGAGGCGGAACAAGCCGCCAUCGCCGCGGCUACAGCCCGGAGGAAAAGCGAGAGGGACGACGCCCCCAGACCGUCCCCAGAGGAGCCCGUGGCACGCCUCCCCCCACUGCUUACACCCAGGGACCUGCCCCGACCACGCCCCGACGUGCCCAACUUCCUCAGGAAGAAGAAAAAACUGUUUGAUGAUGAUGAAGAGGAAGACGAGGCUAGUGCUAAAAAGAAGCUCAAGAGGCCUUGGAGGUCUGAGGAACCUUUAAUUGCCCCAAUGAAGAUGGAGGAGGAGGAGCUGGAGGAGGAGCAAGAGGAGGAGACUAAACUCUCGCCCCGCCUCCUCGCCAAAAAGGAGGAGGAGACUAAACUCUCGCCCCGCCUCCUCACCAAAAAGGAGGAGGAAUCUAAACUCUCGCCCCGCCUCCUCACCAAAAAGGAGCUGAGCUCUAUCCGAAAACAGGAAGAGCAUGAACAAGAGAAAGAUGAGGAUGAGGAGGAGGAGGAGGAAGAGGGCGGCCUGCCUGUGCCGGCGUGCAGCCCCAUGCAGAAGAGCCUGCCACUGUGUGUGGAGAGCGACACGUCACAGUGCAGCUCCCCAAGGGCAGGGCCGAGCAGCGAGGGCAGCGAGGGUCAGGAGCGCGUACCCCGGGCGCGCGUGCGCAGGCCCCGUCGCCGGGCGCCCAGACGCCAGCUCGGCGCUGAGCUCAGCAAACAUCUGAACUUGGAGAUCCGCCGGACCGAGCUCUCACUGGCCAACGAGAACCAGCAGCCGCUUCAGAGCGAGCCAGAGGACAGCGAGAACGAGGAGCCCAAGAGAAGCUUCCGGAAUGGGGCAGCGGGGGGCGGAGCCGGGCCCGGGCCGGAGGUGGGCGGGGUCGGUGGCGAGAGGCCGCACCUUCGUGCACGUGAGAUGAACGGCACGGCCUGGGAGCUCCGGCACUUCUACCCCUCCCACAUCACCCCGCUGGGUUUGAACCGCAGCUCACCCACCCUGCGCCCGCCCCCGACACGCUCACCGCCAAAGUGUGUGCAGAUGGAGCGGCACGUGAUCCGGCCCCCGCCCAUCUGCCCACCACCUGAUAGGCUGCCACUGGCUGAUGGGCGGAGCCACGUGGCUCAGCGGGAGCUCUGGUUGGCUAUCUUCAGUUACCUGAGCCACCGUGAGCUGUGCGUGUGCAUGCGUGUGUGCCGGACCUGGAACCGCUGGUGCUGUGAUAAGCGUCUGUGGACCCGGGUGGAUCUAAGCCGCUGUAAGUCCAUCACUCCCUUGAUGCUGAGUGGUGUCAUACGCAGACAACCAGUCACACUGGACCUCAGCUGGACCAACAUCUCCAAAAAACAACUCAGCUGGCUACUGAACCGACUGCCAGGUCUGCGGGUGCUGCUCCUCUCUGGAUGCUCCUGGGUAGCUGUGUCAGCUCUGUGCACCUCCACCUGCCCCCUCCUCCGCACGCUGGACCUGCAGUGGGUGGAGGGUCUCAAAGACCCCCAGAUCAGGGACCUACUGUCGCCCCCUACAGACAAUAGGCCAGGUCAGAUAGACACGCGCAGUAAGCUGCGGAACGUCCUGGAUCUGUGUCUGGCGGGGCUGGACGUGACGGACGGGUCUCUGCGCCUCAUCAUUAAGAACAUGCCCCUGUUAGCACGACUCAACCUCAGUUACUGCAACCACGUCAACGACCAGUCCGUCAACUUGCUGACCGCCGCAGGGACCACCACCCGCGACUCGCUCACACACAUCAACCUGUCGGUGUGUAACAGGGUGACGGAUCAGUCUCUGAGCUACUUCAAACGCUGUGCCAACAUCUGCUGUAUAGACCUGCGCUACUGUAAGCAGGUGAGCCAGCAGGCGUGUGAGCGCUUCAUCGCAGAGAUGUCCGUCAGCGUCUCGUUUGGCCUGCGGGAAGACAAGCUGCUACAAAAACUGUGCUAGCCAUCACACCACGCAAGCACACACACACGCACACCCACUGAUGCAACACACACUGAUGCAGUCUGUCACGAGAUGGGACAUUGAGAGGGAUUCUGGGAGAGAGGCUCUCUUGCAGGGCUGUGCCUUUCAGCUCAGUGAGAUCUCCUCGUCUGGCCCAGUGGACUGAGAGGACAGACUGAUGGACAGUACUGUCCUGAUGGAGAUUUUCUGUGAAAAGGUGCCGUGACACUGUCUGUAGAAUGAACACACACACAAACACACACACACAAAGCACAUUCUUGUGUUCCUACCCAAACAAAAUCUUAAAAAAAAAAAAAAAAAAGACUGUACAAAUAAUGUAAAACUCAGAACUAUGUUCCUUCUCCUCAGUACUGCAUACAUCUGUUAUUUGGUGGGAUUUUUCUUUUUAUAUACUGUUUUUUUAAUCUUUGUUGUCUGAAAGUGUUUCUCUCAGUAUUGACUUCAUCAUUCUGCAUUUUCAUUCUCCACAUUUUUGCCUGUUCCUCGCUGGUGUUGACCUCUGACCCGGGGCCCAGAGAGCGUUUUUUAACGGGUGCCAUAUUCCCUGCGUUCUUCCCUGAGCACUCGGGGCGCUGGUGUCCACCCUGCCCUGAGGAUACAGAACUCUUCUGAGCUGAACGCAGUCUGUCGUGAAGAAGGAUUAUAUUUAGAUGGAAUUCUAUCCCUAGAACAAGAAAAAAUCUUAUUUAUGAAUAGCCGAAUUCCUGAGUUAAUUAGCUAGUUCUUUAAUGUUUUUGUAAGGUGCCCGUCAGAAAGACGCAGUCCCUCUGCUACUUCCUCACCAGUUACACAGUGUUUGUGUUCAUGAAGUUAUCAGGACUGGGACUCAUUCGGCCCACAGAUGGCUGGGUUUGGGCUGUCUCAGGGUUGGCCAGGGCGGGAGAACAGAGAUCCCAUGUGGUCCAAAGUGUUUGCCAACUCUAACACUUUAUGUAAAUUUGGCUAUUUAUAUUUGUAUGUAAUAAAAAACAGAAAAUCCUCA